CGCGCGGCGCUUCAGACUGUUUGAUCUCCGUGUGGACGCGAUGAGCAGCGGCAGCAGCGGCGUCGUGCGCGUUUACCGCGGCGGGUUCGCGCACUCGACCCGGGACUCGGCGCUGCUCGUGCUCACCGACUGCGUGCUGGGAGUGAACGCUCGCGGCAGGAUCGCAUUUUGUGAGGAAGGACACAAUGUGGAAAGCCUGUCACGCCAAUGGGGCUUUGAAAUGUCAGAUGUUGUACAACUCGGGCCUCAUGAGUUUUUCAUGCCGGGGAUGGUGGACACGCACAUUCACGCCUCGCAGUACACGUACUCGGGUACGCAUUUGGACUUGCCGCUUUUGGAUUGGCUCAAUAUAUACACUUUCCCUGUGGAGUCGCGCUACGAGGACCUGGACUUCGCCAAGGACGCCUAUACCAAAGUGGUGAAAAGAACGCUACGCAACGGCACCACUACUGCAUGCUAUUUUGCCACUAUACACACAGAGGCCUCGCUGCUGCUUGGGGACAUUACAGAUGACUUUGGACAGAGGGCUCUCAUAGGAAAGGUGUGCAUGGACCGUAACCCCUUGGUGCCAGAGUAUAAAGAACUCACAAAUGAAUGCAAGAAGGAGACGGAUCGUUUUAUCACUGAACUACUCAGGAAAAAGUUUGCUCUUGUAAAGCCAAUAGUGACGCCACGCUUUGCCAUGUCGUGUUCCUCCGCCCUGCUCAGCAACCUGGGAAAAACUGCCAGGAACAAUGACCUCCAUAUUCAGAGUCACAUCAGUGAGAACAAAGAGGAGGUGCAGUUUGUAAAAGCGCUCUUUCCGGAGUGCAAAUCCUACACAGACGUCUACGCAAAGCACGGCCUGCUCACCAGCAAGACGGUGAUGGCUCAUGGUUGCCACCUGACUGACGAAGAGCUUGAAACCUUCCAUGAAAAAGGAGCAGCACUGUCUCACUGCCCCAACAGCAACAUCUCCUUAAUUAGUGGCUUGCUUAAUGUUAGGAACGUUCUAAACCACAAAGUCAAGCUGGGGUUGGGCACUGAUGUGGCAGGUGGCUACUCCUCGUCCAUGCUGGAUGCUAUUCGAAAAGCUGUGGACACUUCUAAAGCCUUGUGCAUCCAGGAUGCCCAGCUUCAGCCCCUCAGCUACAAAGAAGCCUUCCGUUUGGCUACGCUUGGAGGCAGCGAGGUGCUCUCAUUGGAUGACUGCUUGGGAAACUUUGAGGUGGAAAAGGACUUUGAUGCCCUCCGUGUGAACGUAUGCGUUCCUGGAAGCCCAAUCGAUGUGUUUCCUGGAGAUGACCUCGAGGUUCUUUUGGAGAAGUUUCUAAAUCUGGGUGAUGAUCGAAACAUUGUGGAGGUCUACGUUGCAGGCAAACGAGUGGUGCCUUUCCCUGACUCAAAAUAAUAUUUCCAGAACCUUCCUAAAACAGGAGCCAAUGCCAUGAUGUUUAUAGCUUAUCUUAUUAUCUUUUUUUUAUAGACAGAC